AUGGGAAACAGUCCUUCUACUCAGGAUCCAUCGCAUUCAACCAAAAAGGAGCAUGGACAUCAUUUUCAUGAUGCAUUCAAUAAAGAUCGUCAGGGAAGCAUAACCUCUCAACUGUUUAACAAUAGGAAGAGUACUCAUAAGAGACGCGCCAGUCAUACUAGCGAACAUAAUGGUGCCAUUCCCCCUAGAAUGCAAUUACUUGCAUCUCACGAUCCAUCGACAGAUUGUGAUGGGCGCAUGAGCAGUGAUACUACUAUCGAUAAGGGCCCGUCCCAUCUAUUCAAAAAGGAUUAUUCUUUGUCCUCUGCCGCAGACGUAAAUGACACUACGUUGGCCAAUUUGACUUUAAGUGAUGAUCACGAUGUGGGUGCACCCGAAGAGCAGGUGAAAUCUCCGUCGUUUUUGAGCCCAGGUCCAUCAAUGGCCACUGUCAAACGAACUAAAAGUGAUCUGGAUGAUCUGUCUACUUUGAAUUACACCAUGGUUGACGAAACAACAGAAAAUGAAAGAAACGACAAACCACACCAUGAAAGGCAUCGCUCAAGCAUCAUAGCUUUGAAAAAAAAUCUUUUAGAAAGUUCAGCUACUGCUUCCCCUUCUCCAACGAGGUCUUCAUCGGUGCAUUCAGCAUCACUUCCCGCCUUGACCAAGACGGAUUCCAUUGAUAUUCCUGUAAGACAACCCUAUUCAAAGAAACCAUCUAUCCAUGCAUACCAAUAUCAAUAUCUCAAUAACGACGAAACAUUUUCUGAGAACUCUCAAAUGGAUAAAGAGGGAAACAGUGAUAGUGUAGAUGCAGAAGCAGGCGUACUUCAAAGUGAAGAUAUGGUUUUGAACCAGUCUCUUUUACAAAAUGCUUUAAAAAAGGAUAUGCAACGUCUUUCAAGGGUGAAUUCCUCUAAUUCAAUGUAUACUGCAGAAAGGAUAAGCCACGCUAAUAACAAUGGAAAUAUUGAAAAUAACACCCGUAACAAGGGAAACGCGGGAGGCUCCAACGACGAUUUUACCGCACCUAUAUCUGCUACUGCAAAAAUGAUGAUGAAACUGUACGGUGAUAAGACCUUGAUGGAAAGAGAUUUAAAUAAGCACCAUAAUAAGACAAAGAAAGCCCAGAAUAAAAAAAUAAGGUCGGUUUCAAAUUCGAGAAGAUCCUCAUUUGCUUCUUUGCAUUCUUUACAAUCAAGAAAGAGUAUCUUAACAAACGGUUUGAAUUUGCAGCCUUUGCAUCCACUACAUCCAAUUAUUAACGACAAUGAAAGUCAAUACUCUGCACCGCAGCAUAGAGAAAUAUCGCAUCACUCUAAUUCCAUGUCGAGUAUGUCUUCAAUAUCAUCAACAAACUCCACCGAAAAUACUUUAGUUGUUCUAAAAUGGAAAGACGAUGGUACCGUGGCUGCAACCACGGAAGUCUUUAUAGUAAGCACGGAUAUUGCUUCUGCUCUUAAAGAGCAAAGAGAGCUUACCUUGGAUGAGAAUGCAAGUUUAGACUCAGAAAAACAGUUAAAUCCUAGGAUCCGCAUGGUUUAUGAUGAUGUGCAUAAGGAAUGGUUUGUUCCAGAUCUUUUUUUGCCUGCAGGAAUUUAUAGACUGCAAUUCUCCAUCAAUGGUAUAUUGACUCACUCAAAUUUUCUUCCUACAGCUACGGAUUCAGAAGGCAAUUUUGUCAACUGGUUUGAAGUAUUGCCCGGUUAUCAUACGAUCGAGCCAUUUAGAAACGAAGCAGACAUCGACUCGCAAGUAGAGCCAACACUGGAUGAAGAAUUGCCCAAGAGACCGGAACUUAAAAGAUUUCCUUCUUCCUCUCGAAAAUCUUCCUACUAUUCUGCUAAGGGUGUUGAAAGGCCAAGUACACCGUUUUCAGAUUAUAGAGGCUUAAGUAGGUCCAGUUCAAUAAAUAUGCGUGACUCAUUUGUACGUCUGAAGGCUAGCAGUUUGGAUUUGAUGGCCGAGGUCAAGCCUGAGAGGUUGGUGUAUUCGAACGAAAUACCAAAUUUAUUUAAUAUAGGUGACGGCUCUACGAUUUCUGUAAAAGGAGAUUCUGAUGACGUGCAUCCCCAAGAACCUCCCAGCUUUACACAUAGAGUUGUUGACUGUAAUCAAGAUGAUUUAUUUGCUACUUUACAGCAAGGCGGUAAUAUUGAUGCAGAAACAGCAGAGGCGGUUUUUCUAAGUAGAUACCCAGUUCCUGACUUGCCCAUAUACCUGAAUUCAUCCUAUCUGAACAGAAUACUAAACCAAAGCAAUCAGAAUUCAGAAUCACAUGAGAGGGAUGAAGGUGCGAUAAAUCAUAUUAUACCCCACGUGAAUUUGAACCAUUUACUGACAAGCAGUAUUAGAGAUGAAAUAAUCAGCGUAGCUUGCACUACUAGAUAUGAGGGGAAAUUUAUCACUCAAGUAGUUUAUGCACCUUGUUAUUAUAAAACACAAAAGUCUCAGAUCAGUAAUUAG